CUAGAAUUUUGAUCUUAUGUAACAUGUCAAAUAUUUUGUGUUGAAUCUAUCUGAAUUUUGUAACGUUUCUACUUGUCAAUGUGGAAAACAGUAGCCACGUUGGUAUGGAGUCGACAGUGAAAAGACUUUUUGUCGGUGGUCUGUUUAACAAUAUAACGGAUUCAGAACUUCGUGACAGAUUUUCUAAAUUCGGUAAUGUUGAUAGCAUUGAAAUCAAAACGAAGAAAAAUAGCAAUGGGCUUCCAGAGAAAACAUUUGCCUACCUUGAUGUCAACAUUACUGAUGAAAAUUUGAAAAAGUGUCUCUCAGUAUUAAACAAAAGUAGAUGGAAGGGAAAUGAACUGAAAAUACAACAUGCAAAAGCAGAUUUUAUGAAAAGAUUGAAGGAAGAGAGGGAGAAUAAUUUUGAGAAGCCAGCCAAAGUCAAAAACAAGAAAGUGAUAUUACAGGACCCUCUGGAGGGAGUGGCUGGUGUUGAGAACUUCCACAUGAAGGGUGCUGUUCCUGGAACUCAAGUUGAUGUAGAAGAAAAGAAUUGGGUGGUUGGAAAGUAUGGUCGUGUAUUACCCAUUGUCAACAUACGGAAACGUGAUAAGAAGAAAUUCAUGAAAGUUGAUCCCUCAAAGUUUUGUCACAAUUCUAAAAGGAUGAAAGAUGACAUGGAAAUGUCUGAUACAGGAAUCCAAAAUCUGACCUGGACAAUAGAUACUAAUGACUCGGAGAUGGUCAAACGCAGGAAAGGAGAAUUCCCUGCUUGGAAGCAGAAGAAAAGGAAACAGAAUUUUGAUGUGGACAUGAAAUCACUGGCUGACUACUAUGAAUCAUUCACCAACACUGAGAGUAAAUCUGGAAAGACCGACUUUGAGGUAGUUCCAGAAAGUUUCCAGAAAGCUUCUGGAAAGAGAGCCUACUUUAGUGAGGAUAGUGACUCUUGUGACAAUGGUGAUGAAAGUUUUAAAACCAGCACUCCUUUCCAGAGUACCGUUACUCAAUCACAACAAAUAGCGGCUCUCAGUACAGGAAAGGACAGUAGUGUAAAGGGAAAAAAUAGCAAUACAGGGAAAUUAAAAUCGGAGGACCCAAAAUGUACUCCUAUAGUGAAAACACUAGGCAAGGACAAAGUGGAAACACACUUUAAAAAAUUGGGAAAUGUGGAUCAUUCUGAAUCUUCAAGUCCCAUAAAAAAAACCAAAACUCAAGAAACUCUUCAGACAUCUGUGCUGCCCAAUGCCCCUACUACUAGUCUGUCACAGAAUACAGUGUCUACAGGCCUGGUGUCUGAUAAACAUUCAUCUAGUACUUCAAAACAGUCAAAAACACAAGCAGAAGAGCGAAUUCAUAAUCAAUCUAAUUCUACAUCUAAAGAAUGUUUAAAUGAUUCUGUAAACAAGGCUUCAAGUAAAACGACAGAACACACCGAUGUGUUUCAAGGGAAGAAAACAACAAAAAAGCCUAAACUACAGGCAUUUGGGGGAACCAGGCAUUUGUAUGAUAACCUGUCAUCUGACGGCCAACAGAAAAUGGACUCUGCUUCACUAAGCAAAGUAACCAGCUCUAGUUCAUUAAGUAAUCCAGACCAACUACACAGCGAGGCUAUUUCAGGAGUAAAGAGAACACUUUUUCAAAAUUCAAUGUUAAAAGAUGUACCAGAAAAGGAGAUGGAGCUGCAACAGGAUUCUGACAACGAGUCGGUAUCAUCAGCUGAUACUGAUGUUAUUAUUGCCUCGGCCAAGAAACAGAGAAGAGGAGGCACUGUUAUAGGAUAUGGAUCACUUGAAACACCUGUAUCUCUCCAGAAUUCCCUCACCAGCAGUAUUCACAGUGAGUUUGGAGGGGGGCUUGUGGAUGGGGAGGCAUCUAGACAAGGCAGUUGGAUGGAAGAGCAUGGCUAUAAUUCAGACGACAGUGUAGAUUCAAAUGAUUUUGAAAAAAUUGCCAAAAAAAUAUUAAAAAACUAUCAAGGAACAAACAAUUUUGCUCAAGAUAAAGAAAAGAAAGAUAGUGAGACUGAGAUACAGGCAUUGCAACGCUCUGAUCACGAGAGUUCAGAGGAGUCAGAUUCAAACGAUGAUAGUGAGACUGAGAGAAAGGCACUGCAAAGCUCUGAUCAUGAGAGUUCAAAGGAGUCAGAUUCGAACGAUGAUAGUGGUGAUGACAAAAGUAAUGAUACUACAAGUGAUGAAGAGGAAGCAAGCGAUAGUAGUGCAGAGGAUAUAAACAGUAACAAUAAGGACAAUAAGGGCAAUAGUGACAAGGAAUGUGAUGAAGAUGAGAGUAAUGAUGAGGAAAGUGAUGAAGAUAAGAGUAAUGAUGAGGAAAGUGAUGAAGAUGAGAGCACAAGUAGUGAUGAUGAUGAGGAUACGAAGGUGGUAAAUGGUGUGGUGGAAAGUACAGAUAUCAACAAACAUGCAAGGACAGAGAAGCAUGAUGUCAGUAACAAGGCAAAGGAGAACACAGGAAAACAACAACAGCAGGAGAUAAACAACAAAUCUGCAGAAGAUACAAUGGAAAAAGAUAGAAAGUCAAAAGAUAAGGUAGAACAAAAGAGGCUGUCUGUGGAGGCUAACAAGAAAAAGCAGGAGUUACUGAGACAAAAACAGGAAGAAUACAACACCCGGAAGUCUAUAAUCAAACAGGCCCUGUCUACAGUGGAUAACUCUAAAAGGUCCAACAGGAUAGUGUUUGACUCGGACAGUGACGACGACACUACAGAGAAGUCUAAUACUACUCAACAGUCGGACAAGAAAGCUUGGGACUUACAAGACAGCGACGAUGAAGAAGAAAGUGAAGAUGAAAGCAGUGAAGAGGAAAGUGCAGAAGAAAGCGAUGAAAUAAUCCAAUCUGGGGUAGUUGAUAAAACUGAUAACAAAGAGAAAAAGUCACUGUUUGAGGACUCCUCAAGUGAAGACGAUGACAUCGAUGAGAAUGCAUUUGAAAAUAAACCUCAGUUUGAAGGAGAGGCAGGAUCUGAGUUGAUGAAGCUGCAAAUGAAAUUCUCCAGCGACAGUCGAUUCAAGCUGGACCAGAGAUUUGUAGAGAGUGAUGAGGAACAGGGUGAUGGAGAAGGUAAUGUGGAGGAAGUAGAGGAUGAAAAGAUGAGAAAUCUAAAGGUACUACAAGAUGUUGUGGGUGUUCAAGUCGCUGUAGUCACUGAUAAAAAUGACAGGAUGAAGAAACUCUUUAAGGAUAUAUCAACCUUACAGUAUGAUCCUAGCAGAGAAGACCACAAGAGCUUUGAGAUCCAGCCGUCCGCAGACCAGAAGAAGAGCAAAGAUGGGAAAAAGAAUAAGUCAAAGAAACAGAAAGUUGAAGAAGAGGAGGAGGAGGCUGAGCCAUUGCCAGAGGUUAGCAGUGAAAAGUUUUAUGAAGUCAGUUCUGCCUUAGAAGAUGCCUUUAAGAAAGCUGGUGAAACUGAGAGUAAAUUGGAGAGUGGAGGAUUUUCACUGCUGGCUGCUUUUGGCAGUAAACAGGAAGACAAUGAUCAAGUGGACGACAUGCAAGCUGAGUCUACAUCUCCAACACAAAAGUGGCAAGGAUUCAAUUUUCAAAACAGUGAUGACGAUGACAUGAGCGAUGAUAGUAAUGAGGAAAAGGAACUGGAAGGAGAGGAGGAUUCAAAAAAAGAAGAGAAAGCUGUUUUUGUUGCAAAAAGCCAAGAUUCAUUUUUCUUCACAGAAGAUGAUGAGCGAAUUAAAGAGGGAGUUUCCAGCUUUUGUAGACAGGAAGACUUAGAGAAAAUCCGAGAGCGUUGGCAGGAAAAGCGACCUGAUCUCAUGAAGGCAUACCACAAUAAAUACAAGAGAGCUAUCAGAAACAAGCGGGCAUUAGAGAAGAAAAGGACCUUUACAAAACGGUAGUCAAGGACGUCUUUUCUCUAUCAAAAUUACGCAAAAGAAGACUAGAUGUAAAAGGAGGAUGAGUUUUUGUAGAAUUGUUUCUGAAAUUGUAAAAGAAAUGUCGCUUAUUGGAUUGGACUUUGUGAUUCUGCUACAGACGCUGCUAUA